CAUCCCCACAGCCUCCUCUCUCCUCCUUUCUACUGUGCUAUCCUAGAAUCAAGGACCCCGGCAACAAUGCCUCUGUUGAAACUUCCAGAAAUUGAUGAUGAAAUACGUAGCUUGGCUGAAAAAGUAUUUGCCUCUGAAGUCAAAGAUGAGGGAGGCCGUCAGGAGAUUUCCCCCUUUGAUGUGGAUGAAAUCUGUCCAAUUUCUCAUCAUGAGAUGCGAGCACACAUAUUCCACCUGGAGGCCAUGUCCACCUCCACAGAAGGCAGGAGAAAAAAGCGUUUCCAUGGACGGAAGACCGUUAAUUUGUCCAUUCCACAAAGUGAAGCAUCUUCCACUAAACUGUCCCAUAUCGACGAAUACAUUUCUUCAUCUCCAACCUACCAGACCGUGCCUGAUUUUCAGAGAGUGCAGAUCACUGGCGAUUAUGCCUCAGGGGUGACAGUUGAAGACUUUGAAAUGGUUUGCAAAGGUCUGUACAGGGCACUGUGCAUACGGGAGAAGUACAUGCAGAAGUCAUUUCAGAGAUUCCCUAAAACCCCUUCCAAGUACUUGCGGAACAUCGAUGGUGAGGCUUGGGUAGCAAACGAGAGCUUCUACCCAGUCUUUACCCCUCCUGCGAAGAACGGAGAAGAACCCUUCCAAACAGAUAACCUCCCGGAAAACCUGGGUUAUCACCUCAAAAUGAAGGAUGGUGUGGUUCACGUGUAUCCUAAUGAAGCAGCAGCCAGCAAAGAUGAACCUAAGCCACUUCCUUAUCUCAAUAUGGACACCUUCUUAGAUGAUAUGAAUUUUUUGCUUGCUUUAAUUGCCCAAGGACCUGUUAAGACCUACACCCACCGGCGCCUGAAGUUCCUGUCUUCCAAGUUCCAGGUCCAUGAGAUGCUCAACGAGAUGGACGAGUUAAAGGAGUUGAAGAACAACCCCCACCGAGAUUUUUAUAACUGCAGGAAGGUGGACACCCAUAUCCAUGCAGCCGCUUGCAUGAACCAAAAGCACCUGCUGCGCUUUAUUAAGAAAUCUUACCACAUUGAUGCUGACAGAGUGGUCUACAGCAGCAAGGAGAAAAAUCUGACCCUGAAGGAACUUUUUGCCACAUUAAAGAUGCAUCCCUAUGACCUGACUGUUGAUUCUCUGGAUGUUCACGCUGGACGCCAGACCUUCCAGCGUUUUGAUAAGUUCAAUGACAAAUACAAUCCUGUAGGAGCAAGUGAGCUACGAGACCUCUACUUAAAGACAGACAAUUACAUUGAUGGGGAAUAUUUUGCCACUAUCAUCAAGGAGGUAGGUGCAGACCUGGUGGAUGCAAAGUACCAGCACGCUGAGCCCCGCCUGUCAAUCUAUGGCCGCAGUCCUGAUGAGUGGCACAAACUGUCCUCCUGGUUCGUCCGUAACCGCAUCUACUGCCGCAACAUGACUUGGCUGAUCCAGGUCCCCAGGAUCUACGAUGUGUUCCGAUCAAAGAACUUCCUCCCACACUUCGGAAAGAUGCUGGAGAAUGUUUUCAUGCCAGUGUUUGAGGCCACCAUUAAUCCCCAGGCUCACCCAGACCUCAGUGUCUUCCUUAAGCAUAUUACUGGCUUCGACAGUGUGGAUGAUGAGUCCAAACACAGUGGCCACAUGUUCUCCUCCAAGAGUCCCAAGCCCCAGGAGUGGACCAUGGAAAAGAAUCCGUCUUAUACUUACUAUGCCUACUACAUGUAUGCAAACAUCACGGUUCUCAACAGCCUGAGAAAGGAACGAGGCAUGAAUACUUUCCUGUUCCGACCUCACUGCGGGGAAGCGGGCGCUCUCACCCAUCUCAUGACAGCAUUCAUGACAGCAGAUAAUAUCUCUCAUGGCCUGAAUUUAAAGAAGAGUCCUGUGUUACAGUAUUUGUUCUUCUUAGCCCAGAUUCCCAUCGCCAUGUCGCCAUUAAGUAACAACAGCUUAUUUCUAGAAUAUGCCAAAAAUCCCUUUUUAGAUUUCCUCCAGAAGGGACUAAUGAUCUCACUGUCGACAGAUGACCCGAUGCAAUUCCACUUUACCAAGGAGCCCCUAAUGGAAGAAUAUGCCAUUGCUGCCCAAGUGUUCAAACUGAGUACCUGCGAUAUGUGUGAAGUGGCAAGAAACAGUGUUCUGCAAUGUGGAAUUUCUCAUGAGGAGAAAGCAAAGUUCCUGGGCGACAAUUACCUUGAGGAAGGCCCUAUGGGAAAUGAUAUCCGGAAGACAAAUGUAGCCCAAAUCCGCAUGGCCUAUCGCUAUGAAACCUGGUGUUAUGAACUUAAUUUAAUUGCUGAAGGCCUUAAAUCGGGAGAAUAAAGCAAAUAAACCAAAUAAUAA